AUGGCGGCCAACCGAGAAUCCAGUGUUUCUUUGAAGCUGUUGAUAGAUGAGAAGACGAAUCGAGUAGUUGAUGCAGAAGCAGAAAAGGACUUUGUAGAUAUACUUUUCAGCUUCCUCUCCUUCCCGAUAUUGGGAGAUAGCAACGCUGAUGAUGUAAAUGCCAAAGGGCUUUUGUGUAAUCUCACCAUGUCAAAUGAGUUCUUUGAUUUUCUGUGUAGCUUUCUAACCGUUUCAAUCGGGUCAGUGAUAAGAGCUCUGGAAGGAAAUUCGGGGUUAGGAUGCAUUGAUAACUUAUACACAAGUGUUAAAGAUUUGGAUGAAAAAUGGUUUGGUUCGGAUGUUAAGGACAUCAUUCUUGACCCUCGGAUUGCGCAGUAUCAUAAUUGCAAGAGGCAAUCCCUCAUUUUUCCGGAUCGUUACGAGAGUUUCUAUAUGAUUGACCCAAGGAAUGGCAGUACUUUUGCAGAGGAACCUUCUUUAUUCAUAGUUUCAGACGAUUUGGAAGUGAAUCCUUUAUCUUUUGCGUCAAGUUUACAACUACUGAAGGAAGUGAAAGUGGCUUUCAGUGAUAUUGAAGAACAAGUGAUCACUGUUGGAACGAAAGAGGCAUUGAGCUUACUGAAGGCAGCUCUUACAUCGCCAUCAUCUGCUCUGACCAAUGGCUUAAUACCUUCUUGAAGAACCAGAAAGCAUAGUAGCA